UUACAUGUUGCUCUUGAAGGCACCAUUGUUUUCUCGUGGCUUUCCAGUGAACAGUUAACAACUGUUGGCCGUCCUUUUCCUUCUCCUCCCACGCAGCCAAACCAACACAAGCAUUUCUGUACAGUGAAGAGAGUCUCCGUCUCUUCGUUCUUGAGAGGGCAUCUGCAGGGACACUAUAAGGGUUAAAAAUAGAAAAGUAAAAAGAAUAAUAGAGAGAGAGAUGGCACAAACCGGCAAAAGUUCCACUUUCCCUGAGAUAGUGGAACUAAACGUGGGUGGGCAGGUGUAUGUAACCCGACUUGAAACUCUCACUGCGGUCCCGAACUCUCUCUUGUGGACUAAGUUCACCCAGAGCACCCCGGGCGACCUGCCAAAAGACAGCAAGGGCCGCUUCUUCUUCGACCGGGACGGCUUUCUGUUCCGCUACAUUUUGGAUUACCUGCGGGACUCUGAGCUUUCCCUUCCCGAGUUUUUCAAAGAGAGGAGAAGGCUGCAGAAGGAAGCGGACUUCUUCCAGCUGCCGGAGCUGUCGAGGCGCCUGGCAGCGAUCGGCAAAGACAGCUUGUACGCGGAGGACAGCGGGGAGCCGGAGGAGGCUGAACUCCCCAGCCCGGCCACCUCCUCCUCGGACAGGACCCCGUGCUCUCCUGUGGCCAACUCCGGCUUCAUCACCAUCGGGUAUAGAGGCACCUAUACUAUCGGUAGAGACAUCCAGGCUGACGCUAAAUUCCGCAGGGUCGCCAGAAUAACCGUCUGCAGCAAGAUCUCUCUGGCUAAAGAGGUCUUUGGAGAAACCCUGAAUGAGAGCCGCGACCCGGACCGGCCGCCUGACAAAUACACCGCCAGGUACUAUCUCAAGUAUAACUUUCUAGAGCAGGCGUUUGACCGACUGGCCGAGGCUGGUUUCCACAUGGUGGCCUGCAAUUCCACCGGGACGUGCUCUUACGGCAGUAAUGACCCGGGGGAAGACAAACUGUGGACCAGUUACACCGAGUACAUUUUCUGUCGGUGAGCGGACAGAAAGCUGCAAAUGCUGCAUUCACGUUCACGACCCUGCUUGAGUUAACACAACCACCAGUAACAAUAGAUCUUAGAAUCAAGUUAACGUCCCAAACUGGUAGUUUUGGCUUUGUGUAGUUUCACUUUGUUGUGUUUUUGACACUCCCACCGCUCGGUGCAGUGCGGAAUCAGCCAGUUUUUAACUUUUCUGCCAUUUUCUCCUCUUUUCUGCAAGAGGAGGACUUAGUCCAGGCUCAGACAUACAUCUCAUUGGUCAGACCAAAUCAGGCUACUCUUCUGAUGUGUCACUGUGAUACGUCCUUCGCUGUGUUAUUAUUACUGUUUUAUUAAUGCCUCGUAACCUUUACGGCUUUCACAAAGAGCGUUUUGUUCUGAAUUUAAAUAACAUGAAUGGUUACUCAGGGCGGCAGAAAUGUUAAGAGCUGGUUUGUUCUGAUCCUUCCUGAACUGUGCUCGCACUGUCAUGUUACUGUAGAAAGCCUUGUGAUGUUCUCAACACAUUAACUAAGAAAUAUGUACUGUAAAUAGUCUGGUGUUUGGUCUGUGAUAUGAGAAAUGAAUAAGGAAGAUAAUAGGUCGGUUCUUUGGUGUGAUUAUUAUUAUUAUUAUUAUUGUUAAUUUUCUUUUUUUUAUGUUUAAUUCAGUUAUAUUGACCACUCAUAGAAUAUCACUGCUUUGAGGAUUACACAUUGGGACUUUUUCACCGUGCUGUUGUUAUGUGCCAUCCCAUGAGCUGAUGCCAUCGUUUGUUCUUUAGAGAAAAAGCUACCGCAAAUAAAGUGCAAGAUUCUAACACUA